AUGACUCAGAUUGCUCGAGAGAUCCAUGGCCAGGCUGGGAGGCAUGGAAAGGUCCUCAAACGCCUCCAUCCCAACGAUCCCUCUGUGAUACAUGUCCUGUGCGUCGCUCCUGGCCACAUUGUUCCUCUCGCCUCAGGCGGGAGUGACUGCUUUGCGAUUGGAUCUGACCUAAUGAAUGUCUCUGGAAAGUGCGAGUACGAUAUCCCAUUCUUCAUCACGCUGACGAUGGUAUUAGUCCCCGAUGUAGUGCGAGAUGAGAAGAAUUGGCUUGACCACAUCGACAGGCUCAGCGCUCUCCUGCUAGCCAUUAUGUGCUGUUAUGAUAAGGAGCUUGCUGAGGCGGUGGAGCGUCGAGCCACGGUCCAGAAGCAGCAGAUCGACGCGCUGUAUGCGGCUGUGGGUGAGGCGCUUGGAACGUCAUAA